AUGCGUUUUUUUUCUUGCAAACUGAUUCUCUCAUUAUGUUGUUUUUUAUUCUUUUCACUAUCUCUACAAUCACAAAUAAGAGAUACGGAAUUUAUUCCUAUACCAAAAAGAAAAAAGCAAGUUAACACUACUACUAGCAAAUCCAGAGAAAUCAUUGAGAUACAAGAAAAGGUUAUAAUUGAUGGGGAUGACCCUCUACCAAAAAGAAAGAGAAACCUUAAGUUUAUAGAGAAACCUGAGCUCAAAAACGAAGUAAAAACUAUUGAUCAUCAAAACAAUGCAUCAAUUAUAGCAAAAGUUACUGAUUCUAUCAGGAAUAAACUCACAGAAUGCUGGAACGUACCUGCUAAUAUGGCUUAUCAAAAAAGUUUCAGUAUCAAAAUCAACUUAUUACUAUCACCCCAAGGCGAAGUAGUAAUAGCAGAUGUAGUAGAUGAAAAUUCUUAUCAGGGCAAUACACUUUUCAGGUCAUUAGCAGAUAGUGCAAUACGAGCGAUACAUAGAUGUAGCCCAUUUAGUCAUUUACCUAGUGAACACUAUCACAUUUGGCGUGAAAUAACAUUAGAUUUUAUUUUAAAUGGAUAAUAAACUUUCCUUAUGAAUUAGUUUUGAUCAGAAUGUUCGCAAGAGUAAUAACUUUUUUCUUACUAUACUCAAGCACAGUUUUUUGCGGUGGCUGCAACUUUAACAUUAGACCUCUUUCGAAACCGAUUUAUGGUGAGAAAUUUUUAGGAGAAGUACAAGCGAGCACCGCAGAAUACUUGAAUGUAUUUGAGGAGCGUAGCUCAGCUUCAACAACAAAAUUGCCAUCAGAAAUUAAGUUUCAAAAGAGGUCUAUUCCAUAUUAUGGGCUUGAUUGUCAUAUGAACCUGUCACAUAGGAAUUUAAGCAAUGUAAAAAAACUGUUAAACAAAGAAGAUAAAUUUGUUGCAAUUACAUUUGAUGAUGGCCCAUCUUACAAGACAGUAAACACUAUUAUUGAUAUAUUAAAAACACACGAGUCAAAGGCAACGUUUUUCUUAUUAGGUGAGCGCAUAAAUAAAAAAACAUAUGAGACAGUAAGGAAAAUUCAUGAAACAGGUCAUGAAAUAGGUAAUCAUUCCUGGUCACAUAAAAAGUUAACGUCAUUAUCGGAUAAUGAACAAUUUCAAGAAUUAGAGAGAACGAAUACAGCAAUUAAAAAUAUAAUACAAAGAGAUAUAAAAUGGUUCCGUCCACCAUAUGGAUGCCAUGAUGAAAAUGUACUUAAAAACGUUAAUCUAUUCAACAUGUAUUCAAUAUUAUGGACAGUAGAUUCUCUAGAUUGGAAAAACGAUAAGCCUGAAAUUUUGAUUGAAAGAGUUAUAAGUGCAGUGCACAAUGGUGCUAUCAUAUUAUUUCAUGAUCAUGACAGUAGAUCAAACACAGUAGAAGCUUUACCUCGCAUUAUUACAAUACUAAAAAAAUCGGGCUAUAAGCUUGUCACUUUAAGUGAAUGGGAAAAAAAGGUCUGUAGUGCGUUAGGGUACAAAAAAAAUGAAUAGACCUCUUACGCAACCGAUUUAUGAUGAGAAACUUUAUGCGCACAAAGAGUAAGGUCUUUACCCGUAGAGCAUUUAUACUUGGUGGCAUCCAGUUAGCUAUUUCUGUCAUUUUUAGCUAUAGGUUAUAUACUUUACAGAUAAGAGAUAGACAAAAAUAUGAAAUACUAUCCAAUAGUAAUAGAACAAGAGUUGCUACUAUUAUGCCCCAGCGGGGGAAAAUUUUAGAUAGAAAUGGUAUCGAGCUUGCAGUAAAUAAAAUCUCGUAUGUUAUUGUAUUCGAUGGAGAAAAAACUCUGCAUAAAGAAGCAAGUGAGGAAGAGGUUGCAGCAGGAGAUAAUGUAGUUGCAUUUUAUAAGCGUCAUUACCCAUUUGGCUCAAUAUGUUCACAUGUAUUAGGAUAUACAAAAAAACAACAAACAGGAGUUAGUGGAAUUGAAUAUAUACACGACGAUGUAUUAAAAGGUACACCUGGAAAAAUCGAGCAGGAAGUAAACUCUAAAAAACGUAUCAUAAGAGAGCUAUCAAAUACACCACCUCAAGAUGGAAAUGAUGUACAAUUAACAAUUGAUAUAAAUCUGCAGAAAAAAAUUGCAGAGAUAUUUCAUAAUCAUAAAGGUUCAGUGACAGUUGUUGAUGUCAGAAAUGGGGAAAUUUUAGCAUUAUAUAAUUCACCUGCCUAUGACAAUAAUCUUUUUACUGGUACAUUACCAAAUGAUACUUGGAAGAGCUUGAAUUCUCCUUCAUUACCAUUAGUAAAUCGUGCAUUAUCAUAUCAAACUCCUCUUGGGUCAGUUUUUAAGAUAAUAGUUGCGCUUGCAGCUCUGAAAGAUGGCAUAAUCACACCACAGGAAAAAUUCUUAUGUAAGGGUCAUAUGCAAAUAGGUAAUCGAAAAUUUCGCUGUUGGAAAAGUGCUGGCCAUGGAUACGUAUCUUUAAAUGAAGCAAUAGCUUCUUCAUGCAACAUUUACUUUUAUCACAUAGGUAAAAAAAUAAACGUAGAUUCUGUAGUAGAAAUGGCUAGUAAAUUUGGUAUUGGUAGUGGACCACUAAUAAAAAAUUUCAAAGAAGAGGCCUCAGGAUUAUUACCUAAUAAAAGCUGGCGUGAGCAAAGGCUAUAUUCACAAUGGCAGUUGGGUGAUACCAUUAAUUUGGCCAUAGGUCAGGGUUAUAUACUUGCAACACCACUACAACUUGCAGUACUUGCAGCAAGAUUUGCAACAGGCAAGGAAGUAAUGCCUUAUAUUGAGAUAAAUAAAACAAAGCAGGAUUUUACUGAAAUUGAUAUAAACCAUACACACCUUACUAUCGUUCAAAACGCUAUGUUUGAUGCAGUUAACUCUAGAAUUGGUACUGCAUAUACUACCAAUUUACCCAAAGACAUACGAAUUGCUGGCAAAACUGGCACACCGGAAAUAAACUCCCAGGGAAAAAGCCACAAGUUAUUUAUUGCUUAUGGUUCUUCACAUUAUGCAAUAUCUGUAUUUAUAGAAUAUGGCAAAGCCCCACGUCAGGACUUUCUUAUAGCUUAUAAGAUACUUAACUACAUGGCACAAUCGGGCUACUAG